AUGACUCGCCUGAUGUUCGGGAUCCCAGUAAAAGCGAGCAGCGUCAUGCGUGAACAAGCCUCUAAGCAAGUCUCUCAUGCUCGAGCUGUCUUCUCACAUCGUCGCCCGCCAUCACAUAAACAAGCACCAAGAGAGAAGAAGCAGUUUCAUCCAAUGCCAACUCAGACAACAGCAGAAGAUAUUGGAUUCAAUAACGUUUCGUCAAGGUCAAGUUCCUCCAAGAAAGAGAUUGUCAGCAAGUCAGUCCUAUUUUUGAAAAUGAUGGAUGAGCGCAAUCUCAUGAGAAGGCAAAGAAGAGAAGAGCUGAAGAUCAAACAUGAACAAUCCCGGAAAGCUCGCAUUGAGAUGGAGCAAGAGAAAGAACGGAUGGACAUGCUUCAGCAGCAAGAGCAAAAGAGGUUGGAUAUUGAAAAGGAUAGAGAGAAACAGCUGCUCAAGAUACAAAAAGACUUACAAGUUGAAAUUUUGAAGGAGCAGCAACGACAAAGAUUGCAUCUUGCGAGACUCCAUCACAACCGCUCAUGUCUGAUCUUCUCCGGCAUCCGCCCAUGGUUCCAGUACGUCAGUCUCCAAAGAAAGUUGCGUGACCAGUGGUGCUAUCAAAGAAUGUGCUCACGAUACUUCAAGCUUUGCGUUUUUGCAUUUUCUGAGCAGAAACGACGAAUGUUCAACCGUUUGAAAUCAAGAUGUACUGCAUUGGAUCCGAUCUUUGAUGAGCUGCUCCGAACGAAGAUUCAAACCCUUCUUCAAACCUUUGUGGCUCGCUGGAGCUCUGUUGCAAAGGCUCAGCUGCACGAUCAUAAUAUCAAGUCGUUGAGCUUCAAGAUUGCUUGGGUAGAAAAGGAGAAGACAAGAUUGUUAGUAGAUUCGUUUCAGCUCUGGCUGAUGUUGCUCGAAGAGUCUAAAGUCAUCAAGGAACGACAAAUUCUAAGAGACGAAUUGAGAUGUACUGCAAGAUCAUACCUUUCAAGCCUCAGAAACGGGCAGCUUGAGAUGAUGUUUCUCCUUUGUUACUCAGCAACGAUUCUCGAGCAAAUUUGA